AUGGGCUUUUGGUGUAGGAUGUUGGAGAACCAAGAGCAGGAGGAGGUGAUCACUGUGCGUGUUCAGGACCCCCGCGUGCAGAAUGAGGGCUCCUGGAAUUCUUAUGUGGAUUAUAAGAUAUUCCUUCACACAAACAGCAAGGCCUUUACCGCCAAGACGUCCUGUGUGCGCCGCCGCUACCGGGAGUUUGUGUGGCUGAGAAAGCAGCUCCAGAGAAAUGCAGGUUUAGUGCCUGUACCUGAACUUCCUGGGAAGUCAACCUUCUUUGGCAGCUCGGAUGAGUUCAUUGAGAAGCGACGACAAGGUCUGCAGCACUUUCUUGAAAAGGUCCUGCAGAGUGUGGUCCUCCUGUCAGACAGCCAGUUACAUCUCUUCCUGCAAAGCCAGCUCUCAGUGCCUGAAAUAGAAGCCUGUGUACAAGGCCGAAGCCCCACGUCUGUUUCUGAUGCCAUUCUUCGCUAUGCUAUGUCGAACUGUGGCUGGGCCCAGGAAGAGAGACGGAGCUCCUCUCACCUGGCUAAAGGAGACCAGCCUAAGAGUUGUUGCUUUCUCCCAAGACCCGGCAGGAGGAGCUCUCCCUCACCGCCUCCCGGGGAAGAAAAGAAUCAGUUUGAGGUGUGGGCUCCUGUGGUUGACUCUGAGGCUCCUCCCUUGGAGAGCCCCACUCUCCCACCCACCUCCUCUCCAUCAUGCUGUGGUUUUGCAAGACCUGAUGAGGGAAUCUCUGCUUCUCAGCCUGUGAGGAGAGUCCUGGGAGGGGACCAUGCUGUGCCUUUGGACCCUGGUCAGUUGGAAACAGUUUUGGAAAAGUGA